AAACAUGUCUCUCUUAAUAAUUUACAUACAUUUACAUACUGUAGACAAAGUCUCGCACUCGCUGGCCCAUUGUGUGGGCGCUGACUUGGCCAUGGGCGCAGGCAUAGCUGUGAAGUUCAAGGAGGUCUGCGGCAAGGUCGAUGAGCUGCGUGCCCAGAAGGCGGCCAGCGGUGAUGUGGCUGUGCUCAAGGAUAAUGAUCGCUACAUUUACUAUCUGGUGACGAAGCCACAAAGCUGGGGAAAACCAACAUACGAGUCGCUGCAGUCAUCUCUGGAGCAGAUGUGCGAACACAUGCGCAAGAACAUCGUUAAGCAGCUGGCCAUACCGCGCAUCGGUUGCGGUAUUGAUGGCUUGGAAUGGGACAAAGUCAGCGGCGUUCUGGAGUACGUGUUCGGGCAGGAGCAGCUGGAGAUUGUCGUCUACAACUUUGUGCCUCCACCAAGCAAUUAAGAAUCAAUUCUAGGCGAAGAUAUCAAAUAAAAGAAGUA